UUUUCACUGGGGCUGCUGAAAACGAAUCCGAAACUGAUUUGAGGAGCGUCUUCUCCCCUGCUGGGGCCCCUGUGCCUAAGGUUUCAGGUGGUUGGGCAUGCCUUCUCUGAGUGUUCGCCGUCAGACAGGCCGCCUGGCCCUAGAGACCUGCCACAUGCCUUCUGAGCCACAAAUAUUUCACACCAUCACUCCUCUGCCGAAGAUCCCAACAAGACAACAUGGCUCCCAAGAAGCCUGAGCCUAAGAAGGAGGCGGCCAAGCCAGCUCCAGCUCCAGCCCCUGCACCAGCCCCUGCCCCAGCUCCUGAGGCUCCCAAGGAACCUGCCUUUGACCCCAAGAGUGUAAAGAUAGACUUCACUGCUGACCAGAUUGAAGAGUUCAAAGAGGCCUUUUCAUUGUUUGAUCGGACCCCAACUGGAGAGAUGAAGAUCACCUACGGCCAGUGCGGGGAUGUACUGCGGGCCCUGGGUCAGAACCCUACCAAUGCCGAGGUGCUGCGCGUGCUGGGCAAGCCCAAGCCCGAAGAGAUGAAUGUCAAGAUGCUGGACUUUGAGACGUUCUUGCCCAUCCUGCAGCACAUCUCCCGCAACAAGGAGCAGGGCACCUAUGAGGACUUUGUGGAGGGCCUUCGUGUCUUUGACAAGGAGAGCAAUGGCACAGUCAUGGGUGCUGAGCUUCGGCACGUCCUUGCCACCCUGGGAGAGAAGAUGACUGAGGCUGAAGUGGAGCAGCUGUUAGCUGGGCAAGAGGAUGCCAACGGCUGCAUCAAUUAUGAAGCCUUUGUCAAGCACAUCAUGUCGGGGUGAAGCAGAGUCUUCCAGGUGCCUGGCCCUUGGCCUUAGCCAUACCAGGGUGAGUUAGAGAGAGGCCCCGGAUGGUUGAGCUGAGAUGGAGUCCUCGACUUAUCACCACGCCACUGCCCCAAGGACCUUACAGGCCCUCCCUGUUAAUAAACUGCUCCAAUACAGCCAGGCUGGGCUCCGGGAUUAUGA